CUAGGUCAUAAGACUGCGACAGAAGCGGCGGUGAGCGCGGGCUGGUGUCCUUGUCCUGUCAUUAGCAGAGCGACAAGCAGUCUCACCAGUGAUGCCCCUCCACAAGCACCCACCUGCCAUCUGGAAGUCCCUGAAGCUGAAGGAAGGUAUCUAUGCUCGCCUGCCUGCCCAUUACCUGAAGUCUCUGAAUGAUACAGAGAAGCCCACGCCGGUACAUUGGAAGCCACAUGGCAUGAAGUACAGGCUAAACCCAAAGACAGGGCAACGAGAGCGUGUUCAAGAUGUGCCAGUGCUGCCCUACUUUCCUCCUGAGGCUGAUGAAGGAUUGUGGGGUGGAGAAGGCUGGAUUUCUGGCUAUCGAUACGCAAAUAAUGAUAAGCUUUCUGCAAGAGUAAAGAAACUGUGGAGGCCUCAGCUCUUUACCCGGCAGCUGUACAGUGAGAUUCUGGACAAAACCUUUCCCAUCACUGUUACAAUAAGGACUCUGGAUCUUAUUGAUGCUGCUUAUGGUUUUGAUUUCUAUAUCCUACAGACCCCACAGAGGGAUUUGCACUCAAAGCUGGGAAUGGAAUUGAAAAGGGCAAUGCAAAUGCGCCUGGCAAAGAAGGAUCCAGGUCUUCACCCCAAUGAUCCAGUAAAGAGAGAACAGAUUUACAACAAGUACAAGGAGUUUGAAAUCCCACUGGAGGAAGCGGAAUGGGUUGGGUUAAGCUUAGAAGAAGCUGUAGAAAAACAAAGACUUUUAGAAAAAAAGGACCCCACUCCUGUGUUUAAAAUUGCAGUAGAGGAGCUUGUUCAGAAACUAUCAGCUCAGAAACUAGAAGAAUUGGCAGCAGUACAGACCAAAUCCUAAGAAUGUAUUCACUGGACACUAAUCCCAAACUCUGCCAUACAGUCACUUCUUUCUGUUGUGUAUGAACAGACAUUUAAGGCUGAAAAGUCUUUGACUGAAGUGCUCCUCAGGAAGUCCAGUACAAGGUCUACCCCCAUGAUUCCUACUGGAGAACGUCCAUAAACCUCUGCAUACAUCAUUCAUUUUUAUGAACCGCAAAAAAAUGCAGACCGCAUGGAUCUCAUCUGUGUGCUGUCCACAUUCAUGUGGCUGUUCCUCAAAUUAUAAAACAUGUCCUACUCUAGUCCAUUGUGCAGACAAGAAUGGGCAUAUCUAUAAAUUGCAGCAUGCACACGCCAGUAUCCAUAUUUUGAGGAUCUGCAGUUUGCAGACCACGGUCUGCAUGAGACCUACUCUGUGUUGUACAAAUGGUCUAAGGUUUAUUAAUCCAUGAAAAAUUUAAUUGGUCAGUACAUAACAGAAGUCGCAAUACAUUGAUCUAGUCAAGAAAACAAAAAGCCUAAGGCUUUUUUUUUUUUUUUUUAAAUAGUUUUCUACACUUUGAAUCGCAUGCUCAUUCUGUUCAUGUAUGUUUAACUUAAGGAAAUCAAAUAAAAUAUCUUUUGACAAAUGUGA